AUUUUUUAUAGUUUUUAGUUAUAUAUAAGAUAUUACAAUGUUUUUUAAGCAACUUGGUCGAUGGCUUGGGAGUACCUAUUGAUGGAAGAGGGGCACUAAGCGAUCCACGUGAAUUGUACAGUUGAACUGGUGUUUACCCUUAAAUUAGUACAGUUGAACUUAUAGAUGUGGCUCAAGGACACGGGAAUUGAGAUAGAUCAAAUCAAGAAGUUGUUUAUAUUACUUUGCUUUGACAAUGCAUAUCUGAUAUAUGAAAAAAUAACAAGUAAAGAAUCAAUAACAAACAGGGAAAUAAGUAAAUAAUGUGAGUGGCUGGCAGUGUCACCGGAAAAUAGCAAGGACCUCGAGCAUUUCAGAACUCAAGAUUACAACGUUUGAGUAUAGUGCUAGUAAGUGAAUGAAAACCAAAUGGUCUACAACAAGAAGGUUCAUGCAGGUACCACAGAGGCUGUAUUCAUUGGAUGAAUUGAGGUUGAAUGGAAUAGAAACCGUAUCUCUUCUAUCACCAGUUGAUGCCACCCUUGGUGCGAUUGAAAGAAAUCUGCAGGUUGCUGCUGUAUUAGGUGGUUCUGCCGCAUGGUAUGCGCUUGAUUUGAGCCCACAACAGAUCCUUUUUGUUUCACUUGGGGUUCUGUUUCUGUGGACACUAGACUUGGUUUCUUUCAAUGGAGGUGUUGGUGCUUUGGUCCUUGACACAAUUGGCCAUACUUUCAGUCAGAAGUACCAUAACAGGGUUAUUCAACAUGAAGCUGGGCAUUUCUUGAUUGCCUACUUGCUGGGUAUUCUUCCUAAGGGGUAUACACUCACUAGUUUGGAUGCUUUGAAGAAGCAAGGAUCGUUGAACAUCCAAGCAGGAACAGCCUUUGUGGACUUUGAGUUUACUGAGGAAGUAAAUAGUGGAAAAGUAACAGCCACGAUGCUGAACAGGUUUUCAUGCAUCGCACUGGCAGGUGUAGCAACUGAAUAUCUUUUGUUCGGGUACGCUGAAGGAGGCCUGUCUGACAUUAAUCAGUUGGAUGCAUUACUGAAAAGCCUGGGAUUUACACAGAAGAAAGCAGAUUCUCAGGUGAGAUGGGCUGUAUUGAACACAAUCCUCAUUUUGCGUCGCCAUGAGAAGGCACGAGCGAAGCUUGCAGAGGCAAUGACUAAAGGGAAAUCUGUAGUCGUGUGCAUUGACACCAUAGAGAAAUACAUUAGUGAUGAUGACCUGUAGCUUCAUAAUUCUUGAUGUCCGUCAUAUAUUUCCAGAUAUCCCCUAUAAUUGUACUCCUUCAUUCUCUUUAUAAAGUGAUCGUUUGUGUGAAAGUAAA